AUGGCCGGAGGCGCGGAGCGAGGCCGCGGGGUCGCGGGCUGGGGACUGCGCGGCGCCCUGGCCGCCGUGGCCCUGCUCUCUGCGCUCAAUGCUGCGGGCACGGUGUUCGCGCUGUGCCAGUGGCGCGGGCUGAGCGCGGCGCUGCGAGCGCUGGAGGCGCAGCGUGGCCGGGAGCAGCGCGAGGACAGCGCCCUGCGCGCCUUCCUGGCGGAGCUGAGUCACGCACCUCGCCGGGCGCCCGCGCCACCGCCAGAUCCUGUGAGCGCCGCGCGCAACAAGCGCAGCCACGGCGGGGAGCCGGCGCAGCACAUCCGCGCCGAGAGCCACGACAUGCUGUUGAUGAUGACCUACUCCAUGGUGCCGAUCCGAGUGAUGGUGGACCUGUGCAACAGCACCAGGGGUAUCUGCCUGACAGGACCACCUGGCCCAGCAGGACCUCCAGGAAUCGGUGGGUUACCAGGACACAACGGAUCAGAUGGACAGCCUGGUCCCCAGGGCCCAAAAGGCGAAAAAGGAGCAAAUGGAAAAAGAGGAAAAAUGGGGCCACCUGGAGCCACAGGAACUCCAGGGGCAAAGGGAGACCCUGGUGAGCUGGGCUUGACUGGAAACGAGGGCCCAGCAGGGCAGAAGGGUGACAAGGGAGACAAAGGGGACGUGUCUAAUGAUGUACUUCCUUCAGGUGCCAAAGGUGACCAAGGCCCACCCGGCCCACCUGGGCCCCCAGGCCCUCCGGGUCCCCCAGGGCCCCCCGGAAGCAGAAGAUCCAAAGGCCCUCGUCAGCCAAACGUGUUCAACGGCCAGUGCCCAGGUGAGACGUGUGCUGUGCCAAAUGAUGAUACCUUGGUUGGAAAAGCUGAUGAGAAAGUCAGUGAACACCAUUCCCUGCAAGCAGAAUCCAUGAUCACGUCCAUUGGAAAUCCAACACAAGUUUUGAAAGUUAAAGAGACGUUUGGGACUUGGAUAAGAGAGUCUGCUAACAAGAGUGAUGAACGGAUCUGGGUUACUGAACAUUUUUCAGGCCUCAGGGUGAAGGAAUUCCAGGACCAGCCCUCACUGCUGAAUGGCAGUUACACGCUCAUCCACCUCCCGCACUAUUUCCAUGGCUGUGGGCACACCGUUCACAACAACUCUCUCUACUACCACAAAGGAGGCUCCAACACCAUAGUGAGAUUUGAAUUUGGCAAAGAGACAUCCCAAACUCUGAAGCUUGAAAAUGCCUUGUAUUUUGAUCGAAAAUACCUCUUUGCAAAUUCCAAGACGUACUUCAAUUUAGCUGUAGAUGAAAAGGGCCUUUGGAUUAUCUAUGCUUCCAGUGUGGAUGGCUCGAGCAUCCUUGUCGCACAGCUGGACGAGAGGACCUUCUCUGUGGUGCAGCACAUCAACACCACGUACCCCAAAUCCAAGGCUGGCAACGCCUUCAUUGCCCGAGGGAUCCUCUAUGUCACGGACACCAAAGAUAUGAGGAUAACAUUUGCCUUUGAUUUGUUAGGAGGGAAACAGAUCAAUGCAAACUUCGAUUUAAGAACUUCCCCAUCUGUUCUUGCCAUGUUAUCUUACAAUAUGAGAGACCAGAAUUUAUAUUCUUGGGAAGACGGCCAUUUAAUGCUUUAUCCUGUACAGUUUUUGUCAGCUACAUUAAACCAGUGAUGGGAUGCAUUCUAUUCCCCUCAG